AUCCGUUCUGCUGUCCCCUCUUUGAGGACCCCGAGAUCUCUCCAAUGGUUCUGGACUCGUACGUGAGAGGCUAAUCGGUCUGGUUCGGAGAGGUGUCAUUGAAAUGUGAAAGCAUCCCCAACUUCUCUUUCCUCUCAACAGAUCACACGUCUCUUCUUGCUUUCUGUUGCUGUAUUUGUCUGCAGUCGGCUUGGGAACUCCUCCUCAUCUGCCUGAGGAUCUCUUCUUGGACUGUUUGGAUCUCGUUGCCCUUUUACCGUUUCUGCCAAACAUGGGGUUCGCAGAGAUCGUCAACAGUGCCCCCAAGCUCAAGAUGGGCUCGCCCACGGAGUAUGAGCAGCCCUAUCUGUUGGGUUUCCGCGGCAUCUUGGUGAUCGAGACGUUUCUGUGGACAUUCCUCCGUACCUUUGCUCCUACUACUGUGUACGUUUCUGCGGAUCCCAAUGGUCCCUUUUCGUACCAGAUAGUCCGCAAGAUCUUUUCGGUCCUCUUCUGGAACGAAUACUUCCUGUAUGGUGCGAUCAUCUUUCUCUCCGCGCGCUCAAUUGCCAUUCCGUUUAUCAGGAAUCCAAAGGCGGAGCGGGCUGCCAUGUCGAUGAUGUGUCGUGGUAUCACCCUUUGGUUCCCAGUUGCUGUGUCCGUGGCCAUUGCGACUCUGGCUUUUGCCAUUGGUGGCACUGAGUACAUCGCCGACUUCAAGACGCGGACCUCCAACCAUACGACAGCCGUGCCAUAUGUGAUCCCCAACGCAUUUGCCUACUUCAACUCCGUAUUCAACAUGUUCUGGACUACUCGUGACUACAACAUCCAAGCGGCCAGCACGGCGUUCCCCACUGGUACCCUGUGGGUUAUCUGUGCUGUGUACAUGCAGAGCUACACUGUCUACAUGACCAUGCUCAUCAUCCCGUACACGCGCAACAAGUGGAGAGUCCAGGGCGCCUUCGUCUUCGUCCUGUGCGCCUGGUGGUGUCAGUCUUGGGCAUGGUUCACCAUCUCUGGUCUGAUCCUGGCCGAUAUGGUGAUGAACAUGAACUUCAAGGAGCGCGCUCAACGCGGUAUUCCAGUCUGGACCCGCGCUGAUGGCAGCCGGAUCUGUAUCCCCGUCUUCGUGCCAGCCGGUUUGUGUCUGAUCGGUGGUCUUCUCAUGCAAUACCUCUGGGUGGCCUACCGGCCGGACCUUUUCGACAAGGAAUGGCUGGUUCAUACCGAUCCCUACUACACCGCAUCGCUCAACUUUCAGUACGCGACACGCCACACGCAGGCCCGUGACGAUGCGUAUCUGAUGGUCAUCGGCAUCUUCCUGUUCUUGGAAAGCUACGAUAUCCUUCAGCGGAUCUUCUCCAAUGGCUUCCUCGUCGCUCUUGGAAAGCGCUCUCUCAGCUACUUCCUCGUCCAGUCGAACAUGAUGUACAUUGUCGGCAUCCGCGUGUUCGAAUCUCUGUAUACCAAGCACCACAUCUCUUUCGGUGGCUCCAACAUGGUCGCCUUGAUCACCUGUCUGGUUGUCACCAUCCCGUUGGCCGAGCUGUUUUAUCGGUUGGUGGAGUUGCCGAGCAAGCACCUGGCGCACAAAUUCUAUGAGUUCAUCACCGCAUAGAGCGGGCUUUCUGCUGUGUUUGUACAUGUACAUAUGGUCUAACGUUGUCUUCUGGCG